GUCAUUUUGGUAAAUACUUGAACGAGUAUGAUGGAAGUUACAUUCCAGCAGGUUGGCAUCGCUGGGUCGGUCUGGUCCGUAACUCCAGGUUCUAUAACUACACCUUGAGGCACAACACAUUCUUCAGGAGACAUAGUAAUGUAUACAAGAGGGAUUACUUUACAGAUGUUAUAACCAAUCACAGUCUGGCGUUCUUUCGUCACGCCAAGGCACGAAAUCCAGAGAGGCCAAUCUUGAUGGUGAUCAGUCAUUCAGCGCCUCAUGGACCAGAAGAUGGUGCACCGCAAUAUAAAGAUACGUUUGAGAAUAUCACAUCUCCGAGGCUACCCAACUGGAAUUUCAUCUCACCGGACAAACACUGGAUAGUUCGAGUAACUCCCGAAAUGACCAACCAAAAAAUCGCAUUCUCCGAUCUUUUGUAUCGUAAACGACUGCAGACGCUCCUCUCUGUUGAUGAGUCUAUACAGCGAGUAUAUGAUAUGUUGAAGGAUACUGGCAACUUAGAUAAUACGUACAUUUUCUUCUCGUCCGACCACGGUUAUCAUUUGGGUCAGUAUGGACUUGUUAAAGGCAAAUCCAUGCCUUAUGAAACAGAUAUACGAAUACCUUUGUACGCUAGAGGACCUAACAUCCCUACGAACAUCAAGAUGCACCAGGUAGUCCUCAACAUUGACCUGGCCCCAACAUUCCUGGACAUUGCUGGUGUUAAAGCACCUCGUUCCAUGGAUGGCGUCUCAAUCAUGAAACUCUUUAGGCGUCUAAAAAGCCAAGAUGACAAACCAAGAGUCAGAAGGAAAAGUAGCCAUAUGUGGAGGGACACAUUUCUCGUCGAACGAGGAAAACCGAAAAGGUAUGCCAAAUCUAAGGUUGUAAAGAAACUCAAGAAACCCACCAAAGCUACCUUUCUUGAGCAGCUUUGCUUGAAGACCAAGUACAGAACACCUUGUGCCCUGGGACAGGAAUGGCAUUGUGUGCGUUUAAAUGGUCAGCAGAGACUGAGGAAAUGCAAAAAGGUUUCAAUUGGUCAGCAGUUUGUUCCAUCGACUUCACCUCCGACACUGGAAGUAGAAAUGUGCACGUGCUAUCGUCCUAAAUUGCCUUGGAUGGCGGAAAAAAGCAGUCCAAAUGAUGAGCCGCACGGUGAUGACUGGGAGGCUUAUUUACGUAAAAACGAAGUAGAGCUGUCAAAACAACUCAGACGAUUUCGUAGAUCAGUCCAACGAACGUCACUCAAAGAAAAACAAAUCACGAGGGAAUUAUCUCGUGCAAUGAAGCAGCAGACAAGAAGAAACAAAGCCAAGAUGCUAGAACAAGAGAGUAAAAGAUCGCAGGAAGAAGAGGAGUCUGAUAACCCUGACUUGGAUGUGGAUGGAAAACUUCAACGACUGAAUGCUCGAAUAGCUGGUAUAAAGAAUCGCUUGGAAAUGCUCCGUGGCAGGAAAAAGAAGCUCAUUCGAAUCAAAGAGGAAAAAGAAACUGAAAAAAACUUUAAAGAAAAAUACGAGGAAUUCCCUUGUGCUUGUCCUGUUCCUUCGCGCUCAGUGUUUAAAAAAUCGAGGCGACCAAAACGCAGUCGAAGAAGCGGGAGGCUGUUUGAAAGACUUCGCAGCGGAAUGAUUGAUCCCGAGGUAUACAGAAGGAAGAUGAAUAAGAAAAUGAUGAAACGGUCUGGACUCAGGUCAGGAAUGAGGAAAUCAUUAACCGUUAAGAGGAAAAAGAAAACGGAAAAGAAGAAAAGUUCUCGGAGAUCCAAGUGUUCGAUUCCCGGUCUCAACUGUUUUUAUCAAACUAAUGAUCAUUGGAAGUCAGAGCCAUUGUGGAAAGGAGGCGAGUUCUGUUUCUGUCCCAGCUCAAGUAACAACACGUUCUGGUGUCUGCGUACGAUAAAUCAACACCAAAACUUCUUGUACUGUGAAUUUAUCACACAAUUCUUGGAGUAUUUUGAUCUCAACGCCGAUCCUUAUCAGUUGUACAACAUCGUAGACCGCAUUAGUCCCUCCGUUUUAUACGACCUGCACAACCAACUCGAGCACAUGAAGGGAUGCAAAGGUGCUCAAAGCUGCACACAGUAUCAUGGGAAACCAAGGCCCACAACACCUUCACCUUUACUAAAUAUCACUGAACAACCUGUGUUGAUGUCUACACCGGAGCCUACACAGCCUACAACAGUGCAGAAAACAACAGACAGACAAGAGGUUAUUACACCUACGAGAAAUGCGUCGAGCGAGGUCGAGGAAAGUCCAUCAGAGUCGUCUAGCGAAAUUGAAAAAGGGAUAAGUGAAAAUAAGAACGAAACGAGAAGUGGAAGGGAAGAGAUCGAAGGCAAGAGACGCGAGAAAGAAAUACGAAAGAAAAAUGGGAACAAAGCGGAAUCCGUUGUUGAUAAAGAAAAGACUGAAAAGAAGAAAAGAAGAAAGAAGAAAAGAAAUGGUAAGGCGUUAAAAACUGGGAAUAAAAGAAAUAAGAAUGAAAAUGAGAAUUUACCAACGGAAUUGACACCAACGACGGUGGCUCCCACUUUGAUGGUUGAGAAAGAAAGAAAAAAGCUGAGAAGAGAGAAGAAAAUACGACCAGGCCUAGGGACCUCAAAAGAGCAAAAACAACUGAAAAAACGAGAAAAAAUUAAAAGUCGUCAUAAAAAUAAAGGAAAUACGACGAAUGGAAGAAAAGGCGUUGGAUCUAACAUAAAUAGGUCUUACAUGUCAACAGUGACUCCGACGACAUCACAAGCUCGCGACGAAGAUACCCAAAAGGAUGAACAACAAGCUAAAAGAUACGAAGAGGAAAUUCCAGAACAAGAAGAUAAACCUAUUGAGGAAACAGCAAAUCUCUAGAUUCGAAUUUUCCCACGAUUAUAUUGAUUCAUUUGGGCAUUUACGAUAAGAUUUAUAGUUGACAUCAAAACGAGGCCCGUGAUGACAUUUUUUAGGCCUAUUUUUGUCGAGGCUUGGUAGUCUUUAGUGUAACGUCAGUAGUAUGGAAAAACGACUUCUGGGUCCAAAACGAAAAGCAGUUCUACAAUGAUUUUUCUUGCUGUUUCUUCGGGACAGGAUUUGUUGUCCAAAGUUCUAUUUGUCUCAGGAGUAGGUUACAUCAUUGAGAAUAUUUUUCUUCUUCUUUAUUUUGAUGCCGGUAUACACGGUACGGUAUUUCCUCGCGCGCAACAUGCUGACAACACGAAUUGCUUCGAAUAAAUCAACCGUGAAUUAGCCGUUAAUGAGCAGUUGGACCCGAAAAAAACGUUACAACUUAAAAGCUCUAUAUAUUGAGAAAGGCUGAUUUAAAAGCUAGUCAUUCCGAGGCUGCAUAAAAGCCUGCGUCGAGCUAGUACUGCAGUGCAUUGUGGGGCUAUUCAAGAGACGAAAAAACAGUCCCAAAAUGCACUGCAAUGCCAACCCGAUCCACGGUUUUUCCUCAACGUAGGAAUGGUUUAUAGAGCGUUUUCACUUACGUGAGAAGGCAGCCAUAAACAAUAGAAACUUUCUGCACAGUAUUUGCAUAAAAAUAGAGUUCAAUUCCCGGAGGAUAGAAAAUGUAUUGUUUUGGUACCCCAUAAUGGCCGCUGUGACGUCACGUGAAAACGCUCUAUAAUAAGUCCAAAUUUACUUAAAUUACUAGCCAACCACUUAAUAGGAAACACAUUUUUGGCUAGAGGGGGGAGGAGGUUUACUUGACUUCAGAGUGGAGUACAUCAUAGAUAAUUCAAGGCCUUAAAAUGCCUAUGCUUUUUCUUUUUUGAAAAAGAUUGUGGAAUUCUCCAUGGGCUUAUCCCUAUUUUUUUCUUUUCUUUUUACUUUUUUUUUGAUUAAAAUUGUGCUUUUUUCAUGCAGCAGCCAUGUAAUUGGUUUGAACAAUAGAUUCCUCCAUGUGUGGCCUCGCAUUAAAGUAGUUGAAAAUAAAUGUAUGGGGGAGAAACAAAGACCUUUUUUCUCAUGAGAAAAAACAUGGCCAUCGCGUGAUAAAGGUCUAUGUGUUAGUGUGAGAGCAGAAGGUUUUCCACCAGCAUUUUUUGAAUUACGUAAUAAAUGCCUCCUUUCCUUCCCACACAAAUAACGAAAAAUAUAUCUUUAUUGGUUUUAAUACCCUAAGUUUUUUUCAAAAGGGCUAUAAAAGCCAAUUUUUUAUAUUCUAGUUGAGUGGUCAAGCACCAAACAUUCUGGCCCAAGGCUCUAGAGAAACAAUGUAAUAGACCCCUUGCAUGUGAAGUCAAAACAGCUCAAUUUGGAGCCAAAACAAAAGAAUUUCAAUCUCAAGAGAAUUGGAAACCUAUUGUUGUGUAGUGCAAAUUGAGCUGCAUUCCAAUGUGCUGCAAGGAACCUAUUGGAAUUGUUCUUUUCUUUUCGUUAUUAAGGUCCAUGGGAAGCAAGAACACAUAUGUGUCCAAUGGCAUGUUUUUCCCAGUUAUAUCAAAUUUAUACUUCAUAAAGCAUUUUUAGAAAAGUUUUAAAAUAAUUGAUAGAAACUACAAGAACAUGCCAAUGAAAAUGUGUUAAAGGUUCUUUAGUACCCCCAUUGUGCUGUGACUUGUAGUCCAGCCUUUGACCCUUUCUAUAGAGCAAAAACUACCCAUAGGUAGAUAAGAAGAAUGAGUGGGUUUAGUUUUAAUGGACAGUUUUAUUUUCAAUGUUCUUCAAAAAAGUCGGCCUUGUCUGAAAACAUUGAAUGCCCCUCUCCCUAUUUCAUUAUCCUAUAUCUGCCUGUGGAACCAUGUUCACUGGAAGACAAUAUUUUUCCUUGUUAAAUUAGUAUUAGUAUUUCCCUCAUGAGAAUAGCAAGACAAUCGGUGCUAAUUAACUGAACAAAACAAAGUGUGUAUGGGAUUCUGGUAGUAGAGGUUUUUUUUAGACAAUACUUGACAUUCUUUAUUGAAUACUUACCCUCCCCUCCCUCAGGUUUAAGUUUUUAAGCAUUGACUUUAGUCUAAGUAAGGGAGCUGGAAGAAGUUUUUAAUGUUUCUUUUUGAGUAAUGUUAAUGUGCUUUAAGAUAAAUUUGAAAUUAUUAAAAUUAAUAAAAGAGAGAAUAUGAUCAACUUUAA